AUGGCCUCUCCACUCAAUGAUCAGGCAACAUUUGAAAGGCUCAUGGGCUCGCUCAGCGGGCAGCAACGCGAACUGUUCGACAAGCUCCGCAUUAGAGAUAUGGUUCUACAGCCUACAGUCUCGCAUGAAGAGAGAGGUCGUCGCAAUCUCGAAGAAUGCCAGCGGAAUCUCGAUACAAGCCGGCAGAUUCUCGAAGAAAGCCAACGGAACUUGCAACAACUCGAUAGGCGCGAGAAGAACAUCCAGAAUGGCAUUCAAACCCCAUCUCUGGCAUCUACAAAAACGUCUCAUCAACAGUCUUAUGAGAUCAAAUUCGGUCUUCGCCAUGACGCCGGAGGAGUGAUCGACAGGAUGACAAAUGAAGAGAUUGUGAGAUGUCUUACCCGCAAUAAUGCUCCAUUCGAUCAGAUUCAAGCAUGCCGCGUUCACGCGACUGCGUUGGUGCUCAUGGUGUCCAACCCAGAAGCUGAGGCAGCCAUCCAUGCUCACCAGCAUCAGAUUGGACCUAUGCUUGGGAUACCAAAGGACGAUUGUCAUCUGCUACGACCAUCCUUCCAAGUCCAGAUACACAACUUCAGAUAUCGAGAAAACGGUCAAUUCAACCGUCCCAACGACUUCAUCGCCACUUGGAGCGCGCAGAAUGAGGUCCAUAUCGUUGACGCGCGAUGGACAUACAAGAAGCUUGUAUGGACUCUUGAUCGCCUGGGCGAUGCACAAAAGCUUGUAAAGAAUGUCACGGUGUGGCUGAGCGGCUACCAGGCAAACGCGACAGCUUUUGACAAGCGCUCUACUCCGAAACAGUGUCAUACAUGUGGAAAGCCAGGUCAUUUGAAAAGCCAAUGUCCAGAUCCAUCCAAGCCUUUUUGUCUUCGUUGUGGACGGCAAACUAAAGAGCACAAUGCAUGGGAUGGUGGUUGCAAAGGGCCGGAGUGCUGCGUCAAUUGUGGGAGAAGCCAUCCCGCAUGGAGUCCACAAUGCCAGGACCCAAGGAUGCGGAGGGCACGUGAGGAAAGCCGUUCCUACGCCACAAAACAGGUGUUCUGGGAGAGGUUUCCUGCCACAAACUCAGACCCCACGACGAACGCCUGGCUGAAGGCUGUGCAAACUAACUCGCGCAAACGCCAGCGCGCUGAUGUCGACGAGAACUUUCCAUCUCGUGCGACGACGUCUGCCCAUUCUGACACUAAGCCAAAAGACCGUGCAUCCGCAUUACCCUCUCGAGCGCCAUCUGGAUCGUGGAACGAGAGCCACAUGGAUGAUUCCUCGAUGCAUGCCACAUCCUCUCAAGUGGCCUCCACUCGUUCUUCACAGUUCUCUUUGGAACCUACGCAACCAGAUAUCGCAAUUUCUUCGAUGUCAUCAACUGAAUCACUCGCGAUGCCGACGGAAACUGUAUCGCAACCUUCGCCACAACCGACCCCACCUAGAGCCAUGGCUGGUACAACAGCACUCACACCGUCUCCUCAAACGCCUUCGCGACCACGCACUCGAAACCCGUACUCUGACCGAUCCACCGCUCGCAUGCCACAAUUACCCGGACCCCAAAUACAAAUGCCAAACGAGUUCUCCCAACGCCAGAUGGGUCCCAGACCCUGCAUCAUCGCGGAGACACCCAAUGCACCUUCGGCCCCUAUCAAAUUGCUUCCAUCAGACACUUCUAAAAACCUGAAGAUCAAGACCACACGCGUUCGCCGCUUGGGCGGUAACAACAUCCAUCGAGCAAGGACAGAAAUGCCGAGAGACCUCCAUGUUGCAUUUCAUAACUUCCAGCGUCAGACAGUAAAUCCUGCUUAUGAUUAG